AAGAUGACCUUCAAUAUGGCACAGGAGGGAUGACGGAGGAAGAAUUGGCUGAAAAAUAUCCCCAUAAGCCGAGGAAUCAUUCCAGGACGCUCAAGUUUUCGGAGCUGUUCAGGGACCUCUUCAACCCAUUGAAUGACAACAAGAAGCAGCCCGCUGGCGGAUCGGUGCCUGCCAGCAAAAAGGGCCCUCAUGGACUGGCCAAGCUAUCACCACAGGAGCAGAGGCGACACAUUGUCGAGAGAUUCAUCACGCGAUGGAGAAAGGAAGUCGGCGAUGACUUUUAUCCUGCUCUGCGCCUCAUCCUACCAGACAAGGACCGUGAUCGCGGCGUCUACGGCCUGAAAGAGAAUGCUAUAGGGAAGCUUCUCGUCAAGCUGAUGAAGAUUGACAAAAACUCCGAGGACGGCUACAAUCUCUUGCACUGGAAGCUGCCGGGUCAGACAACCGGGGCACGUCUGGCUGGCGACUUCGCCGGCCGAUGCUUCGAAGUUAUCUCGAAACGGCCAAUGCGCACCCAGGUGGGCGACAUGACAAUUGCAGAGGUCAACCACCAACUAGACAAGCUGGCUGCCUCGAGCGGAGAAGCCGAGAACCUUGCCAUCUUCGAAACGUUUUACAAUCGCAUGAAUGCGGAAGAGCUUAUGUGGCUCAUUCGCAUCAUUCUGAAGCAGAUGAAGGUGGGCGCUACCGAAAAGACAUUUCUGUAUCUGUGGCACCCCGAUGGCGAGGCUCUCUUCAGCGUGUCGUCAAGUCUCAAACGCGUAUGCUGGGAACUCUACGAUCCCGAGUUUAGACUCGAACAGGACGAGGCGGGUAUUACACUGAUGCAGUGCCUCCAACCACAGCUCGCCCAAUUCCAAAUGCCAGCCUCGUUCCAAAAGAUGAUUGAACUCUUGCGACCGACGGAGGAUGACGCCGAAUUCUGGAUAGAGGAAAAGCUGGAUGGUGAGCGCAUGCAGAUGCACAUGAUGGAGGAUCCCAGCCAUCCAGGAGGGCGACGGUUUUGCUUCUGGUCGAGAAAGGCCAAGGACUAUACCUAUCUAUAUGGCAACGGUCUGCUUGAUGAAAACUCUAGCUUGACGAGACAUUUAAAGAAUGCCUUUGCGCCUGGCGUUCGGAACCUGAUUUUGGAUGGCGAGAUGAUCACUUGGGACAUGGGCGUUGACAAGAUUGUUCCCUUUGGUACUCUAAAGUCGGCAGCUAUUGCGGAGCAAAACAACAAGUCUGACUCGAAUGCGGCCGGCCACCGCCCCUUGUUUCGAGUAUUUGACAUACUGUACCUAAACGACAAACAAUUGACCCAGUAUACCUUGCGCGAUCGCCGGAACGCUCUGAGCAAGGCAGUCAAAUCAGUACAUCGACGACUGGAAGUUCACGAAUACACAAAGGCAACGUCAGCCGAUGCCAUUGAGCCGCUUUUGAGAGAAGUGGUUGCCAACGCAUCAGAAGGCCUCGUCUUGAAGAAUCCACGAUCCAUGUAUCGUCUAAACAGCCGCAACGAUGACUGGCUAAAGGUGAAGCCCGAGUACAUGUCAGAAUUCGGCGAGUCGCUCGACUGUGUCAUUAUUGGUGGCUACUACGGCUCGGGAAGAAGAGGAGGAAUAUUGUCGAGUUAUUUGUGCGGUCUCCGCGUCACUCAGAACCACAUUCAGGCCGGUGCCAACCCGGAGAAAUGCUUCAGCUUCUUCAAAGUCGGCGGCGGCUUUCGAACAGAGGACUAUGCCGAGAUUCGGCAUCGCACUGACGGCAAAUGGAUGGAAUGGGAUCCCAAAAACCCGCCUUCAGAGUACAUUGAGCUGGGCGGUGGCGAAGCCAAACAGUACGAACGGCCCGACAUGUGGAUUCGACCCAAAGAUUCAGUUGUAGUCUCUGUCAAGGCUGCCAGCGUUGGUCCUUCGGAUCAAUUCGCUCGAGGCUUCACAUUGAGAUUCCCUCGGUUCCGAAGGCUACGACUCGACCGCAGCUGGGACACGGCAUUAUCCCUAGAGGAGUUUCAAGAGCUCAAACAGAGGGUAGAAACCGAGUUGAAGGCGAUUGAGAUGACGGUAGAAGAUCGCAGAAGACGAAAUCCAAAGCGAAUCAAGAAGGAGCUCGUCAUUGCGGGCGAUGAUGCAGCACCUCCUCAAUACGAAGGCGACAAGUCAAAACUAUUUGAAGGUCUCGAGUUUUGCGUGCUCUCCGAGUCCCUGAAACCAUACAAAAAGACAAAAACGCAGCUAGAAUCAAUCAUCAAGGAAAACGGCGGCUCCAUCUCACAGAGGGCCGCCGCAGGCACAAAAAUGGUUCUCAUUGGUGACAAGAAGGUAGUCAAGGUCGCCAGUUUAAUCAAGGACGGAGAGGUAGACAUUAUCCGGCCGAGAUGGAUCAAGGACUGUCUGGAGCAGCCCAACGGAGGAUUCCUGCUCCCAUAUGAGGAGAGUCAUCUAUUUCAUGCGACAGAUGCCUUGAUCGAUGCCGCGGCGCAGAAUACAGAUCAAUUUGGCGACAGCUACGCACGAGAUGUAAGCGUAGACGAAUUACGAGAACUAUUGCGCGACAUGCCCAAACUCGAAAGAAUGGAAUCAUUUGACAAGGUCCUAUUUCUAGAACAGCUAGAACAGCACGGCAAAGACGUCACCACGCUACGAAACUUUAUGUUUUCACGCUGCAGAGUGCUCUUUUACCUCGCUGACGGUGCAAAAGAGAAUACCAAGGAUAAAUGGGAGCGAUAUGUUCGAUAUGGCGGUGGAUCGUGCAGCCAGGAGCUAGACGACGAGACUGUCACGCAUAUUGUUGUUCUGGGAGACGAUGUGAUGGAGAUCGGGGAUGUGGGCGACAAGUUACGCUCGAGAUUGAGUUCAAGGCGGAAGAUGCCAAGGUUGGUGAGCGAGAAGUGGGUGGAGGAGAGUUGGAAAGAGAAGACGCUGCUUGAUGAGGAGCGGUAUGUUGUCUGA